AUGUCAUCCUCACCUAGUGGAUCCAACUACCCUGGUCUUGCUACGGAUUUUCCUGAUGAUAAUUUAAAUAAAUUGACAUCAUUUUUACAUAAAUUAGCUGGAUAUACCGAUGAAGAAGUCAGUGCUAUUUUAAAGGAACACUGUUAUGCUAGACCUUGGAACUGGAGACCGGAGAACCUGCAUAAACGAAGUGUAAUAGACGUAGAAAAUUGCGACGAACCAGACCAAUUAUCAAUCCCAAGUGACUUAACAAACCCGCGAAACUCAAUAGAAGAAGCUCUAAGAUUAAUCAACUUCACCCGGCCAGAAGACAGUAAUGACGACUGGGAAGAAAAGAUAGAAAAAACAUUAUGGUCGCCAGUCCAAAGAAGAAUAUUUUCCCGAAUAUUUAUGAUAAUAAACUCCGAGCGCCUCCACAGACUAACAAAAGUGAACAAUAAAAUGGAGCUAGUAUACCGUCGAACAUCAACGGACUCCUCAGCUAAAAAAUUCCGCGAAGUAAUGGCGACUAUCAGUUGGGACUACAGAAUACUUCAAUGGUUGCACGGCUUACUAGUUGAUAAUUUAUCCCGCGAAGCACUUAUAAUUUAUUUGGACAUACUUCAAACAUUGAGAGCUAAGGUUCCUCAGCUAGUCGACAGAAUGACUGCUCCAACAGCAAAUGCAAUUGUUAAACCCGGAUCUAUACCUUUAGAGACACUUAAUGCUCUUAUAAAACGAACUUGGGACCCAGUGGCUACUUGUUUAAAUAAUAUUAGACCUAAAAAGCUUCCAGGUAAUCCAAUUUUAGUUGUAGUGCCUUCUGGAGUUGGUAGUAGCAUUUCUCCAAGGCAACACAAGUGGAUUACACAAUUGGGAUUGCUUGGAACGCUUGUUACUGUUCAUUCACAUUUAGGAUUGUCGGCUAAUAAAAUGACGAUGAUGACGUGCCUUGAGCAACUUGUACAAGCUACAAGAGCUAAGAUUCAAGAUGUAAGAAGUGAUUUUCCAGGAAAUCCUGUAAUUUUAGUUGGAUUUAAUACUGGAGCGGCUCUAGCGUCUCAAGUUGCGCUAAUGGAGCACGUAACAGCUGUUAUAUGUCUCGGAUUUCCUUUUGCGACUGCAGAAGGCAAAAGAGGCUCGCCUGAAGACACUCUCAUGGAUAUAAGAUGCCCUAUUAUGUUUGUAAUUGGCCAGAAUGCAACGCUUGUAAGACCGGAUGACUUGGAAAAUGUACGGGAAAAAUUACUCGUUGAAAGUUGUCUGGUUGUUGUUGGUACUGCGGAUGACAGCUUGAGAGUGUCGAGCAAUAAAAAAAUUUCUGAAGGAAUUUCUCAGGCUAUGGUUGAUCGGUGUAUCAUGGACGAAAUUACUGAUUUUAUUGGUGGAAUUCUGGUUCAACCUCAUCCAUUGCCGUUACGUCCAGCGGGAUUGUUAAAUCCGGAUAAGAAUAAAAGAGAUGCGAGAAAACGGAAAAAUUCAACGAGUAGUUCUGUUGACAGUGAAUCGAGCUUUCCAAAUUUACAGAAGAAAAGUCGUUCAGGUACGCCGGGUCAGUUUAAUACAACCAGGAGUCAAGGCUCUUUUGAUAGGUCUUCAGGUUUAAAUAUGCAAUCCACUCUUGUUACAGCGGGCAAUCCGAAUGAUGUUAAUGCACAUAAUUCUGUUCCAAGGCGGAAACCCAAAAUUAUUAAUAAUCAGAAAUUAGGCUCUCCCAUGGGUCCAAUAAGAUUACCCGCCGGACCGUCAAAUCAAUUGAACAAUUCAAUUCAAUCUAAUUCUAGUUCAAAAACUUCUGUUUCAUUUUCCAAAGUACCAAAAAUGAUUCCAUCAAAUAAUACACCAAACUUUACGGGAAAAUUGAAAACAAUUACACCAACGAAUAAAACGUUCAAUAAAUCCAUCUCUGCUAAUAAUUAUAAGUCAAUAGAAAAAUCUGGAGAGACAAAACUCGUUACGGUGUUAACAUCUAAUGGGAACCAAGUUAGAGUCGCAGCACCUUCAGAUGGUCAAAAUAAAUCUUCUGGAACAGGAGGAUCUUUGACUGCAUUACUACAAAAUAGAAAAAAUAAUGACAAUUUAACUGAGGAAAAAAUUGCUAAUCAAACAAUACCAAUUAGUCACUGUGAAUCCAGUAGUACGACUACUAGUACCGCAUCUACAAUGACAAAAGCAACUGAAAGUACGAAUUCAAUAACAAUACUGCCGUGGUCGAAUAAAAUAAAAAAUUCACUGAAAAAUGAUGACGCACUGCCUAAAAUAACGCCUAUAAAUAAUAAAAAUCAAUGGCAAAAAUCCCACCAAUUAACACCACCAUUAAUUAAAAAUAAUCCGUCAUUAGAAGUUGACGAUGAUGAUCUUGGAAAUAUUUUAGACAUACCAAUAAUAUUUGCUAAAGAUGAUGAUAAUUUAAAUGCUAUUGAAAAAGCACCACCUAUUUCUUUGCCUAUCACUACAAUUAAUGAUUCAAUUCAACAAAAACCAGUCAAUAAAAUAAACCCGACAAAAGUUGUUUUAUUGAGCAAUAAAGAAGGUAAAGUUUAUCAAAGACCUACGAGUAAAAUAACGCCAACAAAAAAAAUUGAUCAGGAUUUAAAUCAAUCAGACUCAAGUCUCGUUAAUCGUGUUGUCUUUCAAAGACGCAUGCAAAAUUCAUCGUUGUCUUCUACUCAAUCUUCGUCUUCUGGAAGCAAUCAACAACCUGUUAAAUAUACUAAAAUAAUAUUAUCAAAGCGACAAAAUUCUGGAACUUCAACGAAAUAUACUGAUCAAGUGGUGUUAACUAAAAAUAAGCGCCCGUCUUCCCAAUUAAUUGUCGGCGAUCAAAGUCAUUCAUCAUUUACAACAACACCUAUUAGAGUUAUACCUAAAUUAGCAGAUAAAAGUAAUAAUGAUAAUGAUAAUCAUAAUAUUGUAGAUAGUGAAAAAAACAUUGUACAAACUAAAACUAAGGACUGUAAAUUGUUUGAUGAGUCAGACAUUUGA